GAACAGCCAAAGCACUGCUGGUUCGCUACUUUCGGCUGCUCGUCAAGCACUCCUGGCGAUGGGCCCGAUAGAAUCUCCUUUCCAGCGUCACCCUCCCAGUCCAAUGCGUUCGAUCCCGCUGCACUCCAGUGCAGCCGUACGAUCCCUCCAAUCGCACCGCGCCUGCGGCGGCUCGUACGCCCAAGAUCCAACGCUGCGGCGAUCCGCAGCGAAGGUGGAAGUGCAUUUCGACGGCAAAAAGCGGCCCACGUCGUUUCUGGGAUGGAGGUUGCAGCGAGCGCGCGUUGGGAAGCAGCCGCAGUAUUGUAGCCGUCGCCGGGGGGAAAUACAGGCGGCGGAAACAGUAGCAAGGUUUGAGACGUCUCAUUACUCGACGUCUCAGCACACGUCGUUGUUGGGAUGGAGAUUGCAGCGAGCGAAUCUAGGAAAACACUGCUGCCGGCAGCCGCAGGAUCGUAGUCGUCGCCGGGGGGAGAUACAGGCGGCGGGAGCAGCCGCGGGAAGAGGGCGGUCAGGCGCGGGAAGGGGGGAAGGGGGGGGAGCGGGCGGAGGGGGAGCGGCGGAUGGCGGGUUGGGAUUGGCGCGGAGCGUGGCCGAGGAGCUGCCGGAUGGGCGGAAGCACGAAUUCGCUACAGUGCAGCACUGCGAGGACUUCUGGCUUAUAGUGAGAUACCUGAUGCCGCUGGCCUUCCACGCGCCUGCUCCAGGCGCAGGUGGCUUCUCAGGUGAAACCUCAGAUGCCACACCAGAUUGCGGCAACCUGAGUGGCGCGGAGUGGCAGCAGGCCGUGAAGCUGAGGCUGCAGCAGAAGCACCGACCAGCAGCAGACCGGGCAGAUGGGGCAGGCGGGGCAGACGGGGCAGACGGGGCAGACGGGGCAGACGAGAGGGUCAGUAGUGCCAAUGGGAAUGGCAGAGGGGAUGGCAACGAUGGUAGAGCUGGGGGUGAUGAUGGAAAGAGGAGAUACGAUUUCGUGCGCUAUCCACUGGUUCGUCUUAUUCACCGCAGUCGGGAUUGCUCGCCUGUCACGGAGCCGCUGCUGGGCGGCGUGAGCUUGGACGUAGUGACGGAUAUGGCCGGCAAGCUCACCCAUGGCAGUGGCGUGACAGCAGUGGCCGCUCCGCAGCUGGGAGCCCUGCGUGACGUCAUCCUCACCACUGAGGAACCUUCGGAGAAGCUUCCGGCAUCUCCAGGCGCUUCGGUACGCAGCAGAAGGGGAGGGGGGAAUGGGGUUGACAUUAGCAGCAGCAACUUCGACAGUGCUGCCCCCACCACCGAUCCCAGCUGCAGCAGCAGCAGCAGCAGCAGCAGUAGCAGAAGCAGCAGUAGCAGUCGGGGUAAGGAGCUGGGUGGCAUUCUUCGUCCUACUGCCGGGCCAAAAGUGCAUGUGUUGUGCAACGCGCGCGUUGUUCAGAUGCCGAGGGAGCGGGUGGAGCAGCUCGAGACCUGCCCCUGCCUACCUGGCCUCCCUUUCAUCGUUCAGAGGCCUCCCUGGGUGCGUGUUAUGGCUCAUGACGAGCACUAUCAGCAGCACAUGUACCUGUUCAAGGGUGCAGCAGCCCGCUCUAUCCUGCGAGCCAUGGAUCAUUGCCAUGGGCGGCUGCUGCUGGACAUGCCUGCUCCCCCUGCCCCACAUAGUCAGAAGCAGCAGCAACAAUGGAAGCCACAGAAGCAACAGCAGCAGCAGCUGCGGUGGCUUGAGUUUGUCGAGCCGACCACGUGCAGAUUCGUUCCUCCCCGCAUGGACAACGAUCGUUGCUUUGCGGCGUACCAUGAAGCGGGGCAUGCUUUGGUGGGGGCUCUAAGUCCGCUUGCUAGGGUGGAGGGGGUGUACCUGGAGGAUGAGGGCCAAUCAGCAGCGCUGGGAGGGCCCUACCGGCCAGUAAAGUAUGCUGGGGGGACGGACAUUGUUUGGCGGGGGGAGAUCCAGCCAAUGCCGCUGCGACAAGUGGUGGUGCAUGCCAUGGCGGUGUGGCUGGCUGGCAUGGCAGCAGAGGAGCUGAUGUUUGGCCGGGUCGACUACUUCACCCGAUCCGACGGCUGGUAUUCCUUCUCAGACGAUCUUGCAAAUGCCGCUGCUCUCGCCACAGCCUUUGCCCUCAUCUGCCGAGCGCCCGAAGUGUGGGGAGCAGCAACCGCAGCACCAGAGGGGGAAGGAGAGACCCAAGGUAGCAGCAGCAGCAGCAGCAGCAGCAGCAGCAGCAGUACCAGCGCAAGGGAAGCAGAGUUCCAGCAGCUGCUGCUGAGCGCCCUCCACACGCCCCGCAUCACAGGCUGGCGCGUGCCCUCCUCCGCUUCCUUCCACGACCUCUUCGGGGAGGGGCCGCAGGACCUGAGGGGCUGGCCUGGGGAUAGGAGAGGAGAGGAAGAUAGAGCAGCAGCAGCGGCAGAGGCAGGAGAAGGAGCAGCAGCAGCAGGAGGAGGAGCAGCAGGGGCAGCAGUAAGAAGGGUGGGGAGAGGCCUAGAGAUGCCAGGAGUGGGCGCUCACGAGCAAAGAGUGCUGCAGCUGGUGCAGGAGGGGAUGGCCUUGGCCUCUUCCACUCUCCGUCAUCACGAGUCUGCACUCCAUGCCAUUGCAUGGCAACUCAUGGACUCUGGCGAGGUGGAUGAGGGCGAGAUCGCUGCUGCUGUCGCGUCUGCUGAUUCUAUUGCAAACACAGCAGCCGUGGCUGUGAAUCCAGCUGCAACAGCUGCUGCAGGGUGAUCCCCUCCCCGGGAUACCAUGUCCUGCUGCUGUUGCAUCUGGUAGACGUCGCUGUGAAACCCUCUGCAUCAGCGGCUGCAGAGUAAGAACUCUCCUCAGUGCGGCAUCAGGUGCUGCAGCUGGUGCAGGAGGGAAUGGCCCUGGCGUCGUCCACUCUCCGGCGUCACAAGUCCGCUUUGCAUGCCAUUGCAUGGGACCUCAUGGACGCUGGAGACGCGGAUGAGGGCGACAUCGCUGCUGCUGUCGCGUCUGCCGUGCCUGAAUUUGCCGGUGCCCCUUCUACCAUGGAUCACAAGGGUGUGAUCCUUGUGAUCCUUCUCACAACUGCACCUGCAUCAGCGGCUGCUGGGUGAUCCUUCUCGGUGUGCCAUCGGGUGCUGCAGCGUCUCGGGUUGCUUGCCAGUGCCGUGUCUAACGUGGAACACGAGGCUGUGACUGCACUUGCACCAGCGGCUGCAGGGUGUUCUUUUCCAGUGUGACAGCACGGCUCUCAGCUGGUGCAGGAGGGAAUGACCCUUGUCUCUUCCACCCUUCAGCAUCAGGAGUCUACCCUCCAUGCCAUUUCGUGGCAGCUGGUGAACUCUGGUGAGGAGGAUGGGGCACGUAUUGCUGCUGCAUCAUGUGCCUCAGGUUCAGGUUCAGUUUGUAGUUCGGCUGUUUCUAGGUACACACAAGCAACGGCAGCUGCGCCACCUACUCUUGAUGCUGUGGGUUGCUGCUGCCCCUCAGGCAAUGUUGCAGCUGUCGCCUCAGGGGUUGCAGGUGUUGCUGCUACUCCUCCUGUGGCUGAUUACACAGAAUCUAUGGCUGUGGUGCUGGCUGCUGCAGUGUAGCGAGACGGUCAGUAUGCGUGAAUGGGUGAAGGUUGUCAAACAUAUAUUGUAUGUUUCUGUUGACAAUCUAGGGUUGUGCCUUCGGGAGUACAACCCAUUAGGGGCCCCGUCACCUUGCGGCCCCGCGGCCCCGUCCCCUAGCGGCCCCGCGGCCCCGUCCCCUAGCGGCCCCGCGGCCCCGUCCCCUAGCGGCCCCGAGUCCCCGUCCCCUGGCGGCUCCGUGGCCCCGUCACCUAGCGGCCCCGCGGCCCCGUCACCUAGCGGCCUCGCGGCCCUGUCCCCUAGCGGCCCCCCGGCCCCGUCACCUAACGGGCCCGUGGCCCUGUCACCUCGCGGCCUCGCGGCCCCGUCACCUAGCGGCCCCGCGGCCCCGUCCCCUAGCGGCCCCGCGGCCCCGUCACCUAGCGGCCUCGCAGCCUCGUCCCCCAGCAGCCCCGCAGCCCCGUCCCAGAGCGGCCCCGCGGCCCCGUCACCUAGCGGCCCCGCGGCCCCGUCCCCUAGCGGCCCCGCGGCCCCGUCACCUAGCGGCCUCGCGGCCGCAAGUGCCAUGCAGGCCUGUCGUUAUCAGGGU